AUGUUUCGGCGCGUCUUGAAUAGAAACUCGGAUGUCGGUGACGAUCAGCCUCGUCCAAAGCACGUGAGCAAAUUGGGCAUUGAAAAGCCAGUACCACCUUCCGAAUCCUAUCCUCCUCCUACCCAGCCUCCCAGUCGCAUGAGGUCUUUUACGGAUCGCAUGGGGCGUAAACGAGGACGACGGGGGCAGCAGCUCGAUAAUCAGAUAUCAGAUUCUUCUUCGUCGGUUCAUCAGCAAAGAGGCCAAAGUAUUACUGGCGGAAGAAGUGUGAUUUCAUCAGCUGAAGAUCUAAUGUCCAUUCAGUCUACGAUUACUGUGGAGACGACGCGCACCAGCUACAAUGAAAAUCGCAAACCCAUUCCGACAUUUCAGCAAGUGUCCGAAAGCGCUGGCAAAAGCAGUCAUCAACUCUUUUGCAAUCCCAUGAACUGUUUGCGCAAUUUAUUGCAGGCAAACAAUGACGUUGUCGUAACACAUUUGUAUCUCAAGGACAUUACCAUCAAGAAGGAAAUUUGCAGUGCCUUUUUGGCUCUGAUUCGGGGUGACAAUAAGUCCUGGGAAAGCAUGGCAGUCGACAUUCUACGGCAAAAGGCGCGGUGGGAAAGCAUCACUUUCGAGGAGUGUCAAAACAGUGAUAAGCCUGUCAAAAUCAAGCGACCAUCUCGCGUCGUACUACCACAAACGCAUCAACAAGAACAGUAUAUGGAAGUCUGUAUAUCCUUUAUUCUUUCGAUCGACAAUUGUGCGCACUUGCACUUGUCCAAUCUCUACUUGGAGCAACCGUUUACCAUGCAAACCUUGGCCUUUUCCAAGCAUUUGGUCAAGCUACAGUUUGAUUUGAUGGACUUGUCGCAAACCAUUUCGACUUUGUGCCAUUGUCUACCACAGAAUCGAUCGUUGGAAAUUCUGAUUGCCAGUCGUUGCGGCCUGAACGAUACACAACUGGCGGGCUUGUUGGGAAGCUUGCCCGACCAACUGUUGGAAGUCCGUAUCUUUGGCAACAAGUGUCGUACACAAGGAUUGGCGGCGGCUGCUAUAUUGUUGCAAGAACAUACGCAUCUUCAGAUUUUGGAUUUGAGUUAUCAGCAUUUGCCGAGGAAGGUGACCGCGCAAACUGGAGGGGACAAGGCUGGGGAAAUCAACGAAGACGAUCUUUUUGAUAUUUCCUGGUUAAUGGCUGCUCUCAUGUCCAAUACUACCCUGUUGACUCUGGAUUUGGACAAUACCGCGAUUGACGACAAUGAUUUGCGGCACAUCAUUCAAGCCCUGUGCGAAAACACUACGCUGGAAAACAUUAUGCUAAAUCACAACUACAUUACCAACGAUGGGGUGUCGGCACUCGCAGCUCGAUUUCAUGAAAUGAAUGGCCUCAAGAAAAUUAGCAUGUACAGCAAUUUGUUUGAUGCGCCCACUAUGGCGCCUCCACCAACAGAAAUCACCACGCCGUCCGUCUCCACCAACACAACACAGAAGCAACGGAACAGAGACGCUCAGGAUCCUACAAUUAGCGUCCCCAAUGGCAAUUCGUACGAAGAAGACGAUGAAUCGCAAGAUGAGGAUGACGACGAUCGCACUAUCAAUACUGCCGUUUCCAGUCUGGCUGAUGAAACUGUCUUUCAGCAAAUGGAAUCCAAUCCCACCAUGCUCCCGGGUGCUGUCGACGACGAGGUCCCUCAAGAGCCCUUCCAAUUCCCUCGAUCGGAGGAAGAGCACGUAUACGACGAUAAGAAGCAGGAGGGGGAACAGCACUAUUUCAAUGAUGAGCAGGAAUAUGCCGAAUCGGUGGCACCAACAGAAUACGAGGAAGUCUCGGUGUAUACUGAAGCCGAAAAUGGAGGUACUCAUGAUGUAUCGUAUGCCUAUGGUGAUUCGGUGGUAGACGAUGAUUCGAUACCACCCUACAAUCCAGAUGCAAUGGCGGCACAGAGUAUUGCGGAUGCAGGUGGCUUUCUGGACAAUACUACCAGUUUCUAG